AUGAACAGCGUCGGCGAGGCCUGCACGGAGCUGAAGCGGGACUACGACCAGUGCUUCAACCGCUGGUUCGCCGAGAAGUUCCUGAAGGGGGAGUCCAGCGCCGGGGGCGACCCCUGCGUGCAGCUCUUCAAGCGCUACCAGCUCUGCGUCCAGAAAGCUAUUAAGGAGAAGGACAUACCCAUUGAAGGGCUGGAAUUCAUGGGCUCCAGCAAGGAAAAGUCUGAAAACUCUUCGUAAACCUGAUGGCACCUGCGACCUGCCUCUGGAAGACUAUAAAACAGCCAAACUAAAAUGAACUGGCUGCCAAACAAGGAACUCUCACUAAUAACCUGUUUAUGUGGGUGGGGAGAUACAGGGUUCCUCCUCCUUGCAACAUCUGUCUCAUCAAUCCAGUAGCUACUGCUUCAUUUCCACUGUUAACUGGAAAAAGGUUUUAUCAUGAUUGCCUGUGUAGAUGUACAGUCAUGUGACAAAGUAAGUGCAGCCCACUGAAAUUUUUGACUUCUUCAACAUACAGGUACUUGAUCUUCAUUUCAAAAAUAUUGCUAGAUAAAGGGGAUACAAUGUAACAAA